CUAGUCAUAAAUAAUGAUAACAAGGACUCAUCAAUUAUGCUAUGAAUUGAGGUCGACCGCCUUUAGAAUUAGGUCGACCGCAAUGCUUUCUCGUGUUGCCCAAAUUAGUCAAUUCGGUCGACCGCCUUCAGGAUUAGGUCGACCGAAAAGUCCAUGUCACGGUGACAUGUAUGUCACCGUAGCAAAAUCCUAAAAGACAAUGUAAUCAAAACAAAUACGAACAACAUACCAGAAACACGAAGAUAGCAGCAUCCCGUGACAAACGGAGCACACAAUGUACACAGCUUAUCUUCUUGAUCGUAUACAUGUCACCAUAGCAAAAUCCUAAAAGACAAUGUAAUCAAAACAAAUACGAACAACAUACCAGAAACACGAAGAUAGCAGCAUCCCGUGACAAACGGAGCACACAAUGUACACAGCUUAUCUUCUUGAUCGUAGUAUCAAUUACAAUGUCUUUUGCUUCUAAUCUCAUUUUGUUUCGGCAUUCACUAUAUAUACAUCCUUUGCCACUGCUAAAUCGUAAAUGACACUAACACAAAGUUGAACCAGGUUAAUUACACUACCAAUUCAUAGGAAAACAUGCUCAUGCUCGUCCAUAUGCCAUUAAGGCAUGGUUUUUUGCGUUAGGCAGUGAAUGAAUUUCUCCAUCACAGUGGAAACGAUUGGUGUCCAAGAUGUAGGCCACCAUACCAACUCGCAAGCGCAGUUAAUGGGCCAGUGAAACCCUGCAUCAGCCCAUCAAAGUUUCGGGCUUUCCCGGGCCUGUGUAUGCUCACCCGCCAGUAUUUCAAUGGCGUCUGUCUGUCAUCAUCAAUCAGCUAGGGUGCAAAGAAAGUCCGACCGAGUGAGCUAUUGGGACAGAGAGUUCCCGAGCAAACGUGCGAUUCAUUACAGAGUAUCAGGAGGAGAAGGAAGGAAAGGAAUAGCAGGUAAAGCAUAUUCUGCCUCCGUCGAGUUAACAUGCCAGGCUCUGUUUUUAGAAACUGUGGGGGGAUUUAACUGCUUUUGUUUGACUUUCGCGCAAUUGUGCGCCCGCGAAAAGGUUUGUGCUUUGCGUUCCCAAUGAUCAAUUCGGGAUUGCGUUUGGGAAAAAGCUCUAAGCUUUAGUUCCGGGUGGAGGAAGCUUGAAUUUUUAUUCCAAGUUGGAUCGUUCUCUCUCUCCGUCGUAGUCGUAAAUUUUCUAGGUUUUUAGGCUUGAAUGUCCAGUCGUCAUUCUGUUGCUUGUCGACUAUGAGGUGCAGAAUGCCUCGGUUUUUUAAUUUCCUUCUUGUGUGCAAUAGGUAAGUAAGAAUGGAGGAUGAACAUAUGAUUAAAGAACUCUCUAUUGAAGAGAAUGGCACCAAGGAAGAGAAUGUGAAUUUAGAGCCUUCAGUUAGCAAUGGAGAUGACGAGCCAUCUGCGGGACAGAACGAUGGUGAUGAGAAGAAAGAAGCUGCAAAGAAGAAAAAGAAGAAAAAUAAAAGCAAGAGGAAGAAGGAACCUGCUCAGCAGACUGAUCCACCCUCUAUUCCUGUUGCUGAGCUCUUCCCAUCUGGAGAAUUUCCAGAGGGAGAAAUUCAACAAUACAAAGAUGAUAACUUAUGGCGCACAACAUCUGAGGAGAAGAGGGAAUUGGAGCGGCUUGAAAAGCCUUUAUAUAAUUCAGUUCGACAAGCUGCAGAAGUUCACCGACAGGUGCGCAAGCACAUCAGAAGCAUUUUGAAGCCUGGUAUGUUAAUGACCGACCUCUGUGAGACAUUGGAAAACACGGUUCGCAAGCUAAUAUCAGAAAAUGGUCUUCAAGCUGGAAUUGCAUUUCCUACGGGAUGCUCCCUGAACUGGGUCGCUGCUCACUGGACUCCUAACUCUGGUGACAAGACAGUGCUUCAGUAUGAUGAUGUGAUGAAGCUGGACUUUGGGACUCAUAUUGAUGGACAUAUUGUUGACUGUGCAUUUACCGUGGCAUUCAAUCCCAUGUUUAACCCUCUACUUGAAGCUUCACGUGAGGCUACCAACACGGGUAUUAAGGAAGCUGGGAUCGAUGUUCGUCUGUGUGAUGUUGGUGCUGCAAUCCAAGAGGUCAUGGAAUCUUAUGAGGUUGAGAUAAAUGGAAAGGUGUUUCAAGUUAAAAGCAUUAGAAACUUGAAUGGACACAGCAUUGGGCCAUAUCAAAUUCAUGCUGGAAAGUCAGUUCCUAUUGUGAAAGGAGGGGAGCAGACUAAAAUGGAAGAGGGUGAAUUUUAUGCAAUUGAAACAUUCGGCUCAACAGGGAAAGGAUAUGUCAGAGAAGAUCUGGAGUGCAGUCAUUACAUGAAAAACUUUGAUAUUGGCCAUGUGCCAUUGAGGAUGGCAAGAGCAAAGCAACUGCUAGCAACAAUAGAUAAAAACUUCUCAACAUUAGCCUUCUGCAGGCGGUACUUGGACCGGCUUGGAGAAACCAAGUACUUGAUGGCUCUGAAGAAUUUAUGCGAUUCCGGCAUUGUUCAGCCGUACCCUCCUCUUUGCGAUGUUAAGGGCAGCUAUGUGUCCCAGUUUGAGCAUACAAUCUUGCUUCGCCCAACCUGCAAAGAGGUGAUAUCAAGAGGCGAUGACUAUUAAUUACGAUGGUGUAUCUUCCUGUAGUGUGAUUUUGUAGGAACUUUGAACAGAUUCAUGUUGAAUGAAUCCAUUCCUACGAUUUGGCUUAUAGUUUGAUGUUACUGAAAAAGUGUA